CAUGUAGCCCCUGCCUCCUUUUCCCAUGCAGGAUCGUCUAGCCCAGAAGACAAGUAUCAGCACUGAGGACUGACAGGAUGGACACCCGGGAUCUGGCAAUAGGAGUGAUCUUCUUAGUCCAGACCGUGCUUGGAAUCCUGGGGAACUUGUCUCUUCUUUACCUUUAUGUCCUCCUUUCUUUGACUGGGUGUAGGCCUAGGCCCACAGAUUUGAUUGUCAAGAACCUGAUUGUAGCCAACCUUUUGGUCCUGGUCUCUUUUGGAAUACACCGUACACUGUCAUCUUUUGGGUGGUAUCACACCUUCGGUGAUUUUGGAUGUAAAUUUUUCCCGUAUGUUCGGAACGUGGGCAGGGGUGUGUCCAUUGGCUUGACCUGCCUCUUAAGUGUCUUUCAGGCCAUCAUGAUCAGCCCCCAGAAUUCCAGGUGGGCAGCGCUUAAAGGGAAAGCUCCCAAGUGCCUUUUCCCUUCACUUGUCCUGUGCUGGAUUUUGCAGUUACUGGUAAAUAUCAUGUUUCCAAUGUUUAUGAGUGGCCCUUUGAACUAUAAAAACACCACAAUGCAGAAAAGUUUUGGAUACUGUUCAUCUCUUCGUCAUGACAAAGCUGAGGACUCAUUGUUCGCAGUGGUGUUAUCAUUUCCUGAUAUGUUAUAUUUAGGGCUUAUGAUCUGGUUCAGUGGCUCCAUGGUUUACAUCCUGUACAGACACAAGCAGAGGGUCCGGCACAUUCAUCGGACCAGCAUCUCCUCCAUAUCAUCCCCUGAGUCCAUGGCCACCAAAACAAUUUUCCUCCUGUUGUGUACCUUUGUCUACUUUAAUACCAUUUCUUCUGUCAUUCAUAUUGUUUUGUCUGUUUUGGAUCAUCCCAACUGGUACCUCUUGAACACCGAUUUACUGAUCGCUCUGUGUUUCCCAACGGUCAGUCCCUUUCUGCUUAUCAGCCGAGACUCUAGGGUAUCCAUGGUCUGCUUUCACUGGAUAAGGAAUAUAAAAUGCCCUCAUCUUAUGAGAAAUGUGUAA